AUGAUCACGCAAGCAAAGCUGGUGGAACAGCUGCGGGAGCACCAGAUCCGGUCGGCGCAGUCAUACUCCGCGGCCCUCGCCGUCUUCUCCCCCAACCCCCACAUCGCCUCCAGGCGGGACCUGAGGGUGGCUCUCCUCUAUGCCUUUUUGUUCUGUUUUCUCAUGGUGUCGUGCUAUGCCGCGCUUUACCUGAAAUGGUUCAAGCUCUCGUCCCUCUUUGUAAUCCUCGGAAUCCUUCUCCCAGUAAGUCUCAAAAUCUCUAGGAAUAGAAGGCUCAAAAGGAAAAGAGAGCGAAGAUUGCCGUUGCCCUUGUCCAUGUGA